GCGCCGAUGACGUGCAGCCUGGGCUUCCGUGUUAGGAGCGAGCGGCGGAGUCCCGAACGCCGAGACCUGGGGUCCCAGCACCGGGGCGGCCCGGGCCCAGGGCGGCGAUGCACCGCCGCGGGGUGGGAGCCGGCGCCAUCGCCAAGAAGAAGCUGGCCGAGGCCAAGUAUAAAGAGCGAGGGACUGUUUUGGCUGAGGACCAGCUGGCUCAGAUGUCAAAGCAGUUGGACAUGUUCAAGACCAACCUGGAAGAAUUUGCCAGCAAGCACAAGCAGGAGAUUCGGAAGAAUCCUGAGUUCCGAGUGCAGUUCCAGGACAUGUGUGCAACCAUUGGGGUGGAUCCUCUGGCCUCUGGAAAAGGAUUUUGGUCUGAGAUGCUGGGCGUUGGGGACUUCUAUUAUGAGUUGGGUGUCCAGAUUAUCGAAGUGUGCCUGGCCCUGAAGCAUCGGAAUGGAGGUCUGAUAACACUGGAGGAGCUCCAUCAACAGGUGCUAAAAGGAAGGGGCAAGUUUGCCCAGGAUGUCAGCCAAGACGACCUGAUCAGAGCCAUCAAGAAACUAAAGGCACUCGGCACUGGCUUCGGCAUCAUCCCCGUGGGUGGUACUUACCUCAUUCAGUCUGUCCCGGCCGAGCUCAAUAUGGAUCAUACUGUGGUGCUGCAGCUGGCAGAGAAAAACGGCUUCGUGACUGUCAGUGAAAUCAAAGCUAGUCUUAAAUGGGAAACUGAGCGAGCUCGGCAAGUGCUGGAACACCUGCUGAAGGAAGGGCUGGCCUGGCUGGACUUGCAGGCCCCAGGGGAGGCCCACUACUGGCUGCCAGCUCUCUUCACUGACCUCUACUCUGAGGAGAUCACAGCUGAGGAGGCCAGAGAAGCCCUCCCCUGACUCAGUGUGGAAGGGCACACAGCAGUAGGCAGGGGGAAGAGGGAGGGCCUCCUGAUGAAUAAACCCAGACAGUUUUGUUUAUAUAAAAAAGAAAAUAGAAAAAGUUCUAAGUUUUUCUUUUCUUCCCCCAAUACUUUAUUUUUAAAAAAAGUCUCCACAUUGCAUCUUCAUUGGAGAGAGCCUCAUUUAUCCCAUAAGGAUAACCUAGUAGCAGACAAUAGCAAGUGCAUUGAAAUGCCUUGCACACUAGCAAGUGCAUUGAAAUGCCUUGCACAGGACACCUACAUGUUCAUGGGCACGCUGGGCCGAGUGUAGGUGUAGGGCUCUCCUGGCUGGCUGGCUGGCCUAGAAUCUUUGAAACCAUGAGACAUAAACUUCACCCUCUAGUAAUUCAGGUUGCUAUCUAGUAAACGUGCUUGAUCUCAGACUAGCAGACUCUUAACGGACCAGAAAAUAAGUCAGUCUCCUCUAGCUUUCUUUGUAGAGGCUGCAGGCUAUGAGACUCCGCUGUGAGUGUGAAGGAACGUCAGUGUUCAGUGGUAAUAGAAUGGGAAGAAAAAGCAAUGGAAUUUGAGGGAAAUCAACAGUGAAUGCUAUCUUCUGUUCCUCAAAUUCCUUACUAGCUUUCCCUGAACUCCCCUCCAGGUCCUGCGAGCCUCAGUGCUUGGACGGGGACUCAUUUACUGAACACAUAUGCUGUGCUGUUUUUCAUAUAUACACCUCAGGUAAUCCUCAUAGCGGCUUUCAAAGUUUAGGUAUCUUUAACGUCACAGAUGAGUCAGUCUCGCUUUAUCUGACCACCAGCUUAAGCAGCCCAGAGCUCAGUCUGUUAACCCAAGUCCAUAUAUUCCUGUAUCAAAGCUUUGCACGGUGUAGGCCAGCAGGACAUACAGCAUGUAUUUCUUACACACAUGGUCAGCCAAGAAGAAAAGCCUCUGCACCAGAAAGCAAGUCUCUCAUGGAAAGCAAAAGUGAUAAGGGGAAAGGCCAGAAGUUCCAGGCUCUUGGUUUUCACGGUCUAAAUACUGAAUACCUAAGCAGUGCUCGUUCUGUACUAGAAAAUCAAAAAUCAAGUGGCCGUUCCAUACUCGAGCGAGACACCCUCCCUUCAAUACGAACCCACCUCUGCCUAUCCUUGGAGAUCACACUCACUCACUCAUAGCUCCCAACUAGGUAUCCGGAAGCUACCAAGACCCAAAUUCCCUCUGGUUGCCUGCCAAAACCAGCCUUCAUAUUCAUUCCUAACUAGAAAGCCUAUUACCAACAGCCCUAUUUUUGUGAGACCACCCCCGCCAAACAACUCACUCAGUAUUUUUGACAGGUCUAGGUGAGGUGGUUGUCCAGAUGGCCCCAUUCCUCCCACACCUACAAGUGCUUCCUCCUUCUGCCAAAACAAACUUUAUUGCACCAAAAAAAAAAAAAAAAAACUUCAUUUAU